AUGGCAUCUUAUGGGAAUUCUAAUGUUGAUGCAUCAAGUAAUAUUGAAACUGCAUUUCUAUUUAAGAUGUUUAGUGAUAAUGAUAUUUAUAUUCCUAUAAUUCUUGGAAAACCACCAUCAGAUUUGUAUCGUGUACAAUUUCCAAAGGCCAAUUUACCUUUACAAAAAUGUGAUGCAAGGCAUAAAAGAAAUGUAGGUAUUUUAGAAAUUAAUUUUGAUCCUACAGAUUUAUAUGAAUUUAUUGAAGUCAAUGAUAGAGAAACAUUUGUUUAUAAAGGUGUAAAAAAUAAUGAUCAUAGAGUUAUGAAUCAUGCUGUUAGUUGUUUUAAAGAUGGUAAAAUGUUUCUUUUACCUUUAGAUGGUAUAUAUGAAAUGAAAAGACUUAUAAAAAGUGAAGAACAGUUAAAUGCAGCAGCUGUUAAUAAUACGAUUCAAGAUGAUACAAAAGAAUUAAAUACUGUAAGAGUUAAAUUUGCACGAUCUGAAACAGAGGCACAAAAAAGGCGUAAAGAAGAAAGUUCUUUAUACAAACAACAACAGGCUGAAAAAGAUCCUUGGGUUAUCAUGAAUGUUAAAACAACAAAUAAAUCUUCAAUUUUACCAAGUGGAGUAAAUUGUAAAGAACUUCAUUUACAAGCUUUGAAAAAAAAAGAAAUAGUUUUAAAUUCACGAACAGCUGAAGUUAAUGCUGAAGAGUUAGCAAAAAGUGGAAAAAAUAUAUUAAAUUUACAUUUGGAUGAUCUUAAUUUUCAAGAUCGUAUUAAACUUUUGUUCCUUAAGGCAUCUGUUUUGAGGCAUUCUGAAUUAAAACAAUUGACAUCAUUUGACAAAGAAGAUGUAACAGAGGACGACUUUAUUACAAUAGUAAGAAAAUAUGCAACAUUGUGUUGUGGUGUUUGGACAGUAAGAGGAGAAUUUAUAUAUACAACUGAAUAUAUGAAAAAACCAAGACAUGGAACAAAAUUAGCUCCAAGUACAGUAGCAGCAAAAAAAAAUCUUACUCGUGGUAUAAUUAAGACAUUAUUUAAUGUUUCUAUUGAUGAGGCAGAAGAGAUUCUAUCAACGUAUGCUGUUAAAACAAAAAAAACAUGGAAAUUGAAAGUUGAUGAAGAUUUAGAAUUUUUAAGAAAUCCAAAGUAUAGAAAGAUAAUUGAGGAUGAAGACAAUUAUCUUUGUAAUUGGUUUGAAAAUAAAUUAGCUGAAGAUAGGCCUGAUGUCUUGGUAAACCUGCCAAAUGUUUGUUAUUAA